GUAAAUUGCAUCUAAGAUCCGUAGGGUUAAUAGCAUACUAGAGAUUGUUUUCUUGGUGGAAUCAAAUCCAUGGACGACGCAAAACGCGAAGUGGAAGAGUGGGAAUUGCUCCAUCCAAACAACGACGACGAUUCAAUCGUGUUCGCUGGGCCACCACUGGACUCUAUCCGCCCCGAUCACUUCUCUCUCCUACACGACAACCUUAACCCCAAUUCCAGUUGCAGCUCCAAUUCCUCCUCCGAGGUCGAUCGCAACUUCGACGAUUCCUAUGUCGCCAAUCAGAUAUUCCCCAAUCAGAGCCUCUGGAACGGAGAUUCCGAUUCCGAUUCCGAUAUUCCCCGAUCAGAGCCUGUGGUGGAAGAAGCUCAAGAAGAGAAAAUACAACAAGUGGUUGAGAAAGACAAGAGAUUGGUGUGGUGGAAGGUUCCUUUUGAGGUUUUGAGGUAUUGGGUUAACCCUCUUCCUCUGUCUCUGCCUCUCUCUGUCGCUGCCGCUGCUGCUUUUCUGGGACUGUUCUUGCUUGGACGGACCUUGUACAGAAUGAAGCGCAAGACUCAAACUUUUAACCUCAACCUCGCUCUCGAUGAUAAGGGAUUGCCUUGUAUUGUAUACGUGGAGACUUUAGAGGACGAAUGCAACACAAAUAACUUCUUUUUGGAAUAAAUUGUAUGUUUACUCAAUAGUUGUUUUCUGGUUUUUGUUAUUAAUUAUAACAAAAAGACAAUACAAGAACUCAGUUGGCUACCAGUAUCCAUAAGAAAAUGAAUUGGAAACUCUAGACUCUUGUCUGUGUUUCGAAUUAUUGAGUUUUAUGCCGGGCAAAGACAACUUAGUGAUUGGAUUGUGUAUUAUGCAAUAAUUUCUUGCGGUAACUACUGAGUUUUGUGGAUUGGAACAUGAUUAGAUUGAGAUUUUCAGUGAUAUGAAAAGGGUGUGCUUAAUCUGCUAUUGUGUCGAGGGUGUGUUUAAUCUUCUGUUGUGCCGGUCCUUACUUCUACCUACGGAGCAGUUUUGGAUGGUUGGUUCUUAAAAGUUUUGGUAAAGAUAAGAAACGAAAGGGGGAUGGAGUUUAGUGUUGGAGUGUGCUUUGUGUUGUCCUUUGGUGCAUUUAGUUCAAGAGGCAGACCGAUCUUAUAUUUAAGGGUGUUACUAUGUCCUCAACCUUGUUACAGGAUACAGCUAUGCUUAUGGCUUUGAUAUUACGUUUUAGCUUUUCUACAUUCCUGAGAUUUUGUUCUUCUCUGUUGUAUCUAGAAUUUUCAUGACCAUGUGAGGGGAAGACCAAUAGAAGCUGUUGAUUCAAUAGGGUUGAUCAGAUGAAUGAUAGCCAAUAAAUAGAGGUAGACGAAGACUUAUGAAAACUGAGAGAAAUCCAAUUCCAAAAGGUUUUAUAGAGUGAUGGAACAAAAUGAUAGCAUCCAUGUAGGAUGUAGCUUUUCCCACCUUGUAGAAAUGGCUUUUUCUGUUGUUGUACUUGGAGAUUUUUUUUCUUCUUUUUUUCCAUUUUCAGUGUAUCUGAUCAUUUCCUAAACUGCAUUUUAUGCAUUUUGCCUCUAAUGCUAAUUCUUAUCUAAUAAAUACUUUAUUUGUUGGUGGUUGCUAUAUAAUAUUAAAGGAUACAUUAUGUAUUCAUGUAAACAUGUACACCAAAUAAUUCUGCUCUAAUUAAUGGAAAAAACAUGAAUUUAUUAGCUUGAUAUCCUAUCUAGCUUUGUCAUAUCUUCUUAUAUUACCCUUUUUGUAUGUCUCCUUUCUGGUGCAAUACCUAUGAAGUCUAAAUGAUUUACUUGUUUCAGUAAAUCAAAAGAUUGUUAGUGGACCACAAAUUCAAGAGAACUAAGCUAAGACAAAUGAGAAUAUGCUUGAUUACCCUGUAUAUGUUUGAUAUUUGACUUGGAUAAAUUCUUUUUGACUUCUGCCCUGCAUAUUGAGGGUCAAUUCUUUGUGUCUCUUUUAGUAUGCAGACCAUGUUUAGUGUGUGGAGCAAUUUGUGCUUGUUUCACUGCAUUACAUCAGUUAAGAAAAGCUCAUAGAGAUCAUAAAUUCAAAUGCAUGGCUUCAAUUAGUGGUUCUGCAUGCCUGUGGAUUUAUUAAAAUGAUUGGUAGAAAAAAAAUGAAGAGCAGUAUUUAGUUGAAAUUUUUUUCUGAGUGAUGAUAUUUUGAACUGUGACUCACUAUAAUGACUAUAUGUUUAUAGUUGUUUUUUAUCUUCCAAGUAUUAUGGUUUCACGUUGUUGAGGAUUGGCCAUGCAUCCAUAUCCACUUCACUUGCAUCAUGCAUAUGAUGGUUUUGUUGGUGUUUAUCUAUCUUCUUACAUUCUUUGAAAAAUCU